ACUUAAUUCAUAUAGAUAUUUAUGUUUUAAGCUGAAAAUGAAUACGUCAAUCAUCAUGUUUACAAUUUCAAUUAUAGUAAUUAUAGAAUUACCUGGAAUAUUUGCAGCUCCUGCUCAAUCUUCACAGCUUAAUGUGGUCGAAUAUAACCAAAGAAGUCAACAAAAUGUAACUCAGAACAGCAAAGGACUGAUGUCUAACGUGGACACCCAUCUUACUACUACACAAAAUGAUACUGACAUUUUUCACCAUGACUCCAGAAACAAACAUCAAACGGACAAAAAUGUAAGAAAAGUAUCAAAAAGAAAUCAUCAUAUAUCAAAGAGAGAUAUGGACAGAAAACAUCAUAUAUCAAAGAGAGAUAUGGACAGAAAGCAUCAUAUAUCAAAAAGAGAUAUGGACAGAAAUCGUCAUAUAUCAAAGAGAGAUAUGGACAGAAAACAUCAUAUACCAAAGAGAGAUAUGGACAUAAGUCAUCAUAUAUCAAAGAGAGAUAUGGACAGAAAACAUCAUAUAUCAAAGAGAGAUAUGGACAGAAAGCAUCAUACAUCAAAAAGAGAUAUGGACAGAUAUCAUCAUAUAUCAAAGAGAGAUAUGGACAGAAAGCAUCAUAUAUCAAAGAGAGAUAUGGACAGAAAGCAUCAUAUAUCAAAGAGAGAUAUGGAUAGAAAUCAUCAUAUAUCAAAGAAAGAUAUGGACACAACUUGAAACCAAGUUACAGUCAUUAUUUCCGUUUCCUCUAUGUUUUUACAUAAACUCAAUAUUUUCAUAAGAAUUUGAGAAAUGAUGAUCAUUCAACUGACAAAAUGCUAUUUAGGGAUCAAAAAGAAAUUAUCGUGUGUCAUGAGAUAUGACAAAACUAGAAGCAAUCCUUCAGUCAUAAUUGCCGUUUUUAUUCUAGAACUUUACAGAAACUGGACAUGCAAUUGAUAGGAAACAAAGGCAAAUUACAAAACAAUUACAUAUCUAACUUUUAUUGCUAUGAGUAAGGAAAGAAGUGACUCAUUGCUGCAUGUUUAAAGCUAGAAUAACUGUGGAAUUAAAUGGGUUCCGUGAAAUGACCCGAAGUAAAGGCAAGUUUCGAGCAAAAUAUCUUAUUCGGUGAACGAAAGAACAUUUCGCAUGAUAAGCAAUAACAUUCACAGUUAUGAAAUUCAAUGCGGACGAUACGGAAUCAUGUUUAAAAGUAGACCCGACGCAAACACUCAUAAAUAUGCCGAAAAGUCAAAAGAAAUUGGGCAUAAAUUAGAUGAUUGAAUAAUGGAAGGACAACUCCACUUGAGUUAGAUAAAUAUAAAUGUCUACUUUUGAACAGAAAUAGUUUUGCAAGAGUAACUAAUAAAUCAAGGUAGUACCAGAAAUCUCUUUCCGUGAUGGAAGAUUAUGUUUUCUUUUGAAAACUGAAUAAAAUACUACAAACAUAUGGACUGUUGGGUUGAUAGUCCUAGUUUGUAUAAGAAGUUGAUUAGAGCUACAUUUCCUGCAUGGAGAUUAAGAAGCUGCUGUCGAAGUUUUUAAUAUAAGAUUAACAGUGUUUAAAUGGAAAAUGUAUGGUGAAAUAAGAACAAUAUGUGUCUAUGUGUUUUGAUAAUUCAUUAAUGGAGAUUUAGAUAAUUUGGAAAAUAGAGAGAGGAGUGAACAACGUAAGAAUGGUAUAUUUUUUCAAGUUUCUAUGUAUAAAUGCAAAGAUGUAUAAUCAUUAUUAUUUCAGUUCACAUAAAUCAGUUUGUAAUUUAUAGUUUGAUAAGCGAACAUUCUUGUCUAAUAAAUCAUUGUGUGUUUUA